GCUUCUGUCACCCAAGAAGCACCACAGAACGGCAACACCGCAGAGCGUACUAACAAUCUUGGAACCCUGGAAGGCAGCUGGUCUUUCUCACACAAGGCUUGCUUGCGUCUCGCCCGUGUCUUUGGUGCUCGAGGUCGGCCGUGUCCGUGCACGUCCCUCAAUCCUACUCUUUCCGAUCUCUUGGGAGCCUCCCCACCCCACCUGCCCACCCUGCCUUCCGUGCCCUGCUUGCUUGGACCGUGAAAGACAGACUGUUUGCUGGCCGUCUUCCUCAGCUCUCUCGACCUCAGUCCCGGCCCUGCCUCUCUCCCGGCCGGCUGCGCUACUAGACGGCAACCAAAGGCCAAGAUCAACAUUGUUGGACCCCGCCGCGGCUCUACCGACCGUCUGAACAAUAGGCCCCUCCUCUUGCUUGCCUACCGACUCGUCCGAAUUUCGAGCCUCCACUCUCUGCCCUUCAACGCUUUUGGCGACCAUUGUGAAGCAGCCAAAUUCUGCACAAUAAAUCAUUUCGCUAUUGUGCACCACCCAUCCUAGCUGCCGGACACCCCCUUUCCUAACCAGAGUGCCCAUCUGACAACGCCUUGUCUAUCCAACACAAAGGACUGUAGCACAGCAGCUUGCUUUGAUUGCCCCAGACGUGGUUUUUGUCCACAAUAGCGUAUUGCCAGAAAAACGGGGCCUUCAAAACCCUCGUGGGGAUAGAGACGACAUCAUGGCCGACGACCCGCCCUCCUCCAAUAACGUCAACCCAGACGACCAGCGAUACCACUCCGAGGCCAAGGUGGAAGACGCAGACACCAGGGCUGCGAGGGAGGAACUACGACACAGUCACAUUUCCGACACCGGUAUCAGCGAACCCCAGGCUCCUGGGCCCAACCACAACGACCAGAGCGACCAGAGCCAAGACGACGAGAUGAGGUUGCGAUCCGGAAGGGAGUUCAACAUCCCACCUUCUGCCACCUCCGCCCGCAGACACGAGACCCCCGAUCUUGCGCCGCCCGAGGCCCUGUCCCGAGACGACGCCGGCGAGAGGAAGGUCUCGUCCCCCAAGAAGAAGCGUGCACACGACGAGGUGGAGGCGCACAAGGACUCCGAAGGCCCCGCGAGCAACGGUACGGACUCUGACGGGUGGGUCAUGGUCGACGAGGGCGAAACGAUCAAGGGCCGGUCUGAGCCUCAGAAGAAGCGAGCACGCGACGAGACGAGCCCCCCUGCAGACAUUCACCAGGCCCCAGCAACAACUACCUCAAGUGGCCCCAAGCCCGACCUCCCGGCCAAGGACGGCCAGCAGCCACAGACCUCGCCCUCCAAAUUCGCUGAUUCCGGCUUUGCUAAGCUAGCCGCGUCCUCGGCCUCACCCUUCGCCUCGGUUGGGGCUACCAAGAGCGUGUUCGGCGGUGGGGCCGCAGCCUCGCCCUCGCCUUUCGCAAGCUUCGGCGCACCGGCGUCUACGGCACCGACGACGUCGACGCCACUCAGCCCCCCAAAGCUCAGCUUUGGAAGCAAGGAUGCCUCGGCGCCGUCGCCAUUUGCUGCCAUGAACGGCGCCAAACCGACCUUGGGCGGCUUUGGAGGAGGCUUUGGAGGCGGCAGCCCGUUCUCGAGCGCGCUUGGUGGAUCAGGGCCUAUGGCGGGCAAUUUUGCUUCGCCUGGCCAGCCGCCUAUCAUUAAGAGUGAUAAGCCUGCGAAGCCUUUCGGUGCCCCAGAGAGCGAUGCCGAAGAUGACAGCGAGGAUGACGGCGAAGACGGCGACGAGGAGGAGGGUGGCCGCAGUGGUGGAGCCGAUCCGGAUAAGGAAAAGGAGAAGGACGAGACUGCCAGCAACCACGAAUCAACGCCUGCGGCCGGUGAAGACGAGAAGAAGGGCAAAUACAAGCGAGUUGCUGUCGACGAUGGGGAGGCUGGCGAGAUCACCAUUGCACAGGUACGCGCGCGCAUGUACUACCUCGACAAGACUCCCAACGCGGACAACACAGGGCAGGUCGGCUGGCGUGAGCGUGGGGUUGGUAACCUCAAGAUCAACGUGCCAGAAGACUCGGUGAGGACAGACCCUGAGACGGGCGCCGUGGAUCCGAAGUCUUUCGACCCAGCUGUGCUCAAGGAAAACACGGCCGAGAACCCGAAGCUUGUGCGGCUCGUCAUGCGACAGGACUCGACGCUGAGGGUCAUCCUAAACACGGUCAUGGUAGCAGGCAUGGACUUCCAGCUCAAGGAGGGCUUCAAGACGUGGAGCGUGCUGUUCACGGCCAUAGAAGGCGACGAUGGCCAGUAUGUGCCGAUAACUAUGAAGAUGAGCGCCCAGAAUGCAGGAAUCUUUGUCCACAAGGUGGAGCUGAUUCAGAAAAAGCUCAAGGAGCAAGCCGCCAAAGAUGAGGAAGCCAAGGCAUAAUAAGUCCUUAGUUCACGUGGAUGUGUGGAAGUAGAUUGCGCUCCAAUUGGCGCAUACUUGCAUGCGUGCGUCGUCUAGGGUGGUGUCGCAUUGACAUGGGAGACACAUGGUCGGUUCAAAAUACACACGGAACAAAAAGACGGUCUGGUUUGAGUACAAAGGUGGUGUUGCUUGAUGGCCCAAGCAUGGAAUACCCGAGAUCCCCCUCUACUUUCCUAUGUUCUUUACGAUCAAGGGGGGUUGGGCUGUGUCAUUGAAAGCAUCGGGACCUAUCUACGUGUGCGUCGUGGUAUGCGAGCAUCAUGUUGGGCUUGCAAUGUAUAUACCAUAAAAUUUAUGUGGCCUGCAGUGAUCGGAGGAUGGUUGAGUGGGAUACCAACACCAAAGGAUAGAGAGUCUGGGGGCGGAACUAGACCAGCUAGACGGCCGUCUGGGAGUGUCAAUGACCAAUGAAAUACACCAAUAUCACCAAAA